GAAAACGUGAACGUUGUAGCGGCAAGAGAAGUGCUCACAGGUGUUGCCAGCAACAACACAACAAGCAGCGUCUGUGUGAGCUGGUGACAGGAAGGACAAGAGUCAGGUCACCGGGAGGUGAAAACCUUCACUCAAGCUGCACCUGAUAUAGAGAAGGAAGGAACGCUUGAUAUAACGUUGUAGGUGGGUGGACGUCUGGCCCCUGCACCGCCUGGGUGUUGCACUCACAGUGCUGUGAUAGAGACAUCCUUCACCUGUCUCUGUUGAUAACACGCCUCCCAAGUUCAAACUGUUUGAUACUGAGAGCAGAAUGUUACGACACAGAAAAAAGGCACUCCAGAUAGUGAAGAGCUUGGAUGCAUUUCCUAAAACUUCUGAAGAAUGUGUUAAGACAUCAACCACUGGAGGAACAUGUCUGGUGAUGAGCAUGCUAGUGAUGGUGUGGCUGGUAGUGAUGGAGGUGAUGUAUUACAGGGAGACCACCUUUACCUACACCUUCAAGCCAGAUGCAGACUUUACCGAGAAGCUCAAGAUCAAUGUUGAUAUCACAGUUGCCAUGCCUUGUAGAUUUGUUGGUGCCGAUGUUUUGGACAUGACAGGCCAACAAGUGAUGACAUUUGGCGCCUUAGAUCUGGAGGAUACGUGGUGGGCGCUGGAUCCUGAUCAGCGAAUUCAUUUUGAAGGUGUACAGAGGGUGAACAAUUAUCUCCGAGAACAGUUUCACUCCAUACACGAGCUACUCUGGAGAAGUGGUUAUACUGAUAUUUUUGGGGAUAUGCCUCGCAGACGAAUCUUCCCUGAGCAAGAGAAAGAUGCAUGUCGGCUGUAUGGGAGUUUAGAGAUCAACAAAGUAGCUGGGAACUUCCAUAUCACAGCUGGUAAAACCAUACCACUUCCAAGGGGCCAUGCUCAUUUGGCAGUAUUUAUGGAUGACAAAGAUUACAAUUUCACCCACCGAAUCCACAAGCUGUCCUUCGGUGACCCAGCGCCUGGCAUUGUGCAUCCAUUAGAGGGGGAUGAGCAAGUUGCUACCAAGAAUCACAUGACAUAUCAGUACUUUGUGACAGUGGUGCCAACAUACGUCAAUACGUACAGUCACCGUGGCUCUUCGUUCCAAUACUCUGUUUCGGAACAAAACAGAGAAAUUUCACAUGAAAAGAAUUCCCAUGGAACACCAGGAAUUUAUUUCAAGUAUGAUGUGUCUGCCUUGAAGGUGGAGGUGGUGGAGCGUCGCGAGUCUCUGAUAAAAUUUCUCACGCGGCUUUGUGGGAUAGUUGGAGGGGUCUUCACGUGUUCAGGUUUGAUCAGCCGCUUUGUUAAUCUAUUUGUGGUUUGCUUGACCUGUCGUUUCUUCAAAGACGAAGCCAAUGGAAAACUGGAGGAGGCAGCAUCCAAAUCUCUACUUGGGCCACCAGCUACACUACUCUUGGCAUCGAACCUCUCACAAUCAGAUGCUGUGCCACAGCUGACCCCUGCCACAGCUCCACUAGUAUCAGACUCAUCACGCAUGGCAGCCUCUCACACCUGACACCUUUUUAAUCCUCGUUGCUUAAUGAGUUACCUCUGGUUUUUCAGCAGAUGUUCUCUGUCAUGUUGAAGGUGUUCACUCUCAUAUUAGUUUCAUUGAUUAUAUUUGUGAUAUUUAUUCUAGCGGGAGAAAUUCAGUUCAGUAUUUUAGGUUAAAAUUUUCAUUGACAUUUGCUUUAGAGUUUCUACUAAUAAAUUUGCUUGACUCCCAGCUCUGCACAUUAGGAUUUAUGCCUCAAAUUCUACAUAGUAUCAAAAUAAAUACAAUAUUUAGUUUAUGGAGAUCAACUGUGUUUUGUGCAGGUUUUCAUACUGGUACAUUACUAAAAAAUAAAAAUGUAAAAUUCAAAAUGAAAAUCAAAUAAAGUACAGUACAGAGGAAUCUCGGUACCUGAACAGCUCCCAACUCUAUCAAUUUGGCUCUUGAACUCGUGUUCGUGCUUGAUAGUAAACUGUUUGCUCAGAACUCAAAUGUAAAGAUGUGUACUGAACGAGUCAGUAUCCAAGUAGCUGUCAUUUGGUAAAUACCCCUCUAAACUUCUGUAAUUACCUAAGUGUAGUUGCAGGAUGAGAGCUACGCUCGUGGUGUCCCGUCUACCCAGCACUUAAAAAAUCUGUGUAAACUGUUUUAUUUAACUGUAAAUUUUAUGUGUAAACUUUCUUGUGUUUUCUUGGAUAUUAUUUUAUAUUCCUAGCAUAAAUAAGUCACCGUGGCAUCUAAAAAAGUUAGUGAUAAGAGCCAAAUGAAAAGAAAAUUAGUUAGAACCAUGAUAGAGCUGGAAAAGAAUGCAUAGCAAAAUAUGAAAGUAGUGCUUGUGUGUGUGUCCUUACUACAAAUAUCGUUGGACAAGUUACUUGUAAGAAAAACAUCCAGCGAGUCUCAAGAGGGAAGUAGAAGAAGACAGAGAAGAUAAAGAAUCUCGGAAGCACAAUUACAGUAUGUGAAGUUUGUAUGGAAAGGGACUCCCCCUGCCACACAAUAACACCUCUCCUCUUCCAUGCCACUGUCCGCAUACACCAUCAACUCUCCUAAGUGCAGGUGAAGUGAGGCAUAUAUUUACAUUUAUUUCAUUUAUAUAUUGUUUUCAUAUGUUUUGUAUUCAUUUGUGUUUUUUUGGGUCUGAAAUGUAUUAAUCCAGUUUACAUUAUUCUCCGAGAAAAAUUGCUUGGUAUUCGAACAGAUCGGCACUCAAAAGGCCUUCUGGAACCAAUUAAGUUUGAGUUCUCAAGGUUCUGUAUUUGUUUUUAAUUCAUAAGCUUGUAUGCCUAUGGGUUAAAAUCUCUGAUGGCAUCAGAAGUUUUAACAUCAAGAUGACUUUGACAUCUUGAUGAAGUGUUGUGUCCAACUACAAGAAUUCCUUGGAACUCUCGAGCAAUGUUAAAGAUGCCAUUCAUACACUCGUAUUUCCCAUACUCUGAGUGUGGUGUCUACUAAGGCAGAAUUUGAAUAAACAAAUUCCAAAAACCGAGGCAAACAACAAGUACCGAAUCAAAUUUAAAAAAAAUUGAGUACGAGAACCGAAAAAUAUGAAAACGGGAGCGUGUGAAAACCGAGGUUCCGCUGUAUUUGUUUUUCCCAUGCACCACAGUGUUGUCUUGUACAAACAGGGACCCAAGGGUUAAUCAGGUGGAAAAACAAGUGUGAUGUUUUCAUAGCUAUUCAACACUAGUGUGAUGGUAGACAACAGAAAGGAAACCUCCCCAGGAUUAAAAGGUCUAUAAAUAAAAUGGAAUACUGUACUGUACUAGAAUGCUAUCCAAGGCUAUAAUAUAAAUAUACAUUUGGUGUGCAAGUGUAACAUGAUUAAGUCAGUAAUGUGUAUGUAGGUAUGUAAAAUGGUGCAAUAAACUAUUUUUUCCA